AUGUCAGGAAGAUUACACAAGGCAUUGAAAGGCAGACCAACCCCUGAAGUCAGCAGUGAUACUAGCGUGACUGAUCAAACAAAGAGCAGAUCUGUAAUGAGCGAUGAAGAUUGGGAAGAUCUGGAUUUGAGAGCAGCAAGUGCGAUACGUCUGUGCUUGGCCAAGAAUGUUCUUGCAAAUAUACAUGGAAUAUCUACGGCAAAGGAACUCUGGGAAAAGCUAGAAGAGUUGUAUCAGACAAAAGGCGUCUCAAAUCGGGUGUACCUAAAGGAGCAGUUUCAUACACUGCAUAUGAGUGAAGAGGUUACCAGUAAACUCUUUUCUGAAGAGAGAAGACUAGGUGGUGGAAGAAAUGGUCCACCUGUGAACUUAGCAGUGGUAGUAGCUGGUAAUGGGAAGAAGAAGAACUCCAUGAAGAUGAAAGUAGUCUGCUGGGGGUGUGGACAAUCUGGGCACGUCAAGAAAAAUUGUCCAAGAACAGGAGCAGGUUCGGCAAGUGGCUCCAAGUCAGUAAAUGGAGAUACUGAUAAUGAAACUAACGUUAUGUCCCUCUCCAUGGAAGAAGAUGUCUGUUAA